UACUAGAUGCGCGCGCUCGUCCGUGAUCGUGCGCCCCGACCGAGCAAAGCGCGCUCACGUUGUGUAUCCAGUGCGAGCGAGAUCGACUAUUCAUCAUAGCUCAUUCAAUUUCUAUCCAGACACCGACCAAUACAGAGCCACAGCAAUGGCCUCCGGGGUAAAAGUGACAGAUGAAGUGGUUGCAGUCUUCAAUGACAUGAAGGUGCGCAAGGCUCAGGUAAAUGAGGAUGAGAAGAAGAAGAGGAAGAAGGCCGUUAUGUUCUGUAUCAGCAAGGACAAUAAGAACAUUAUUCUGGAGGAUGGCCGAGAGAUCCUGCUGGGAGACUUGGGCACCACCGUCCAGGACCCCUACCUGCACUUUGUAAAGAUGCUGCCCGCAGACGACUGCCGCUAUGCGCUCUAUGACGCCACCUAUGAGACCAAGGAAACCAAGAAGGAGGACCUGGUCUUCAUCUUCUGGGCCCCAGAUAAUGCUCCAUUGAAGAGCAAGAUGAUCUACGCCAGCUCAAAAGAUGCUAUCAAGAAGAAAUUCACAGGUAUCAAGCAUGAGUGGCAGGUGAACGGUUUGGAGGACAUCAAAGAUCGGCGCACCCUCGCUGAGAAGCUGGGCGGCUCAUCGGUAAUCACCCUGGAAGGAUGCCCUCUAUAAAUCUUGCGCCCGGCUUCAAUUGAGGCCUUCCAGACACAUCUGUUGGGUUUAGCUGUUCAUUCCAGUUUGGUUUGGAGGAAGGGCAAAAGCAGAACCAGGAUCAUUUGCGGGACUCUUGGGGAGGGAUAUUGUGGGUGGUGGGGGGGGGGGGGGAGUAAAGUGACAGUUUUAAAAAAAGAAAACAAAAAAAAAGUUCCACAGCUGCAGACUGUCAUUCCAGUUCACGCAACAUAAUGAAUAUGAACAAAACACACAAGGAAAAAAAAAAUUAAGAUACAACUGCGGAAGGAUGAUGAGUUUAAAAAUUAAAUACACAUAAUGUAAAUGUUUAAGGACAGGGUUUUGUUCUCUCCGGGUUCCAUUUGAAUGAUUGCAGAGAAAGGGACAGGCAACAACUGUUAUGAUUCCAACUAUUGAAUCCUGAUUAAAAAAUAAAUAAAUAAUUGUUCCAACUACCUUUUUUGCCAAACUUCUAGUUAAGUUUUGUAAGUGUGUGUAGUUGAGACUAGGUGUAGUAUAAACAAAUUUACUCUUGAUUGCACAAGAUGUAUCAAAACCUUCUCUGGGGGAACACGGUUAAAUAUAUAUUUUGUUUUUUUUUUUCUUUUGUUUUUUUCUUCUUUUCUUUUUGGGAUUUUUUUCGAAACAUGCAAAUUCCAAAACUUGAGUGAUUCCAUUUUUAUUUGCAGUUUUCAGUCAAAACAAUGGCAUUUGAUGUAGUUAAACAAACACAUUCCUUGUACUUGUUAAAACCAGGAUCUGGUCAGUUAAAACUUUGGAUGGUCCUCUAAAGGUCAGAUGGGGAGCGAUGUAUUUGAAGGGCCUGUGUUCAGAGCAUAGACUGAAUAUUGAAUGGUGGAUGUUUUGUAUCGUCUCCUUAUCUCUAAUAAAAGGCACUAAACUA